UCCAUGCUUCGUUCACCGUCCCAAAUUCACAUAGCAAAGCUCUCUGGUUAAACUCAAAACCGUCCCCGUGGUCUGGUGUUAAUCGAUAGCGUCGUCCGUCCGGUAGCUCCCGCCAUGCACCCCCCCUCCCCCACACCAGCUGGUCACCUAACCUUGUCACCCCCACGUAUGCGCGCGAACCCUACCGCGGCGCUCAAAGCCAUGGACACGCCGCGGCUGCGGUCACCACGUCCACCUCAACCGCUGUCCAGGCCGCCAACCCGGCCUCUCCCUCCCCCACCGCCGCCCCUCUCCGCCGCCACCUCCCACUCCCACGACGACCUCUGCUUCCCCUCUACCUUCGGCGGCCACCACCUCCCCCCGCUCCCCAUGUCCCGCACCCCCGUCGGCCGCGUCGGCAGCGACCUCAGCCACCUCCACCACGCAAGAACGGGCCACAGUCACGCCACCACGACCGACGGCGCGAGCAGCAGGGACAGGAACAGGGACAGGGGCAGGACCAAGGCCUCGCCUUUCUUCUCAGGCCUCGCCGCCGCCGCGUGGAGAAAGGAGAGCACCGGCAGCAGCGACGCCGCGGGGAAGCAGCAGGCCGAGGACAGGAGGAAGGAGAAGGCGAAGAGAGCGUUGGACGUGGGCCGGUGGCUGAAGAGGCGCAUGGCGUCCGUGGUGGAGCAGCUGCGCGCCUCCUUCUCCCGGCAGGCCGAGCUGGACAGGCGGGAGCAGCGGCGCCGGCCGCACUCGUUCUCGGGGCACGGCCCGGGCGCCGGGAGGGAGAUGAGGGAGCGGGAGCGGUGGAGUCGUCGGCGGGGGCAGCUGUCGUCGGCGCCGGCGUCGCUGCGGGUGUCGCCGGCGAACAGCGGGCACCUGUCGGUGGGCGGGUCAGUGAAGGUGUCGACGUCGUCGGAGGAGAGCACCAUGGAGGAGCUGCAGAGCGCCAUCCAGGCCGCCAUCGCGCACUGCAAGAACUCCAUCUCCGCGACCAAGCAGACGGCGGCGGCCGGGGACGACAACAAGCUUCCGUAAACCGUAGCUGGUAGGGGCGGCGCCGCCCGUGCGACGUACGUACGUGUGGCUUAUGAUCGAGCUUAAUUUGGAGAUCAGAAUUUCAGAAGCCGAGGGGUUCGGUUCGAUCACUCGCAAGGGCAUGUAAAUUAAGAUGUAAGAACAGAUGAAAAACGGUAUACAGAUAGUGUAUUUUUUUUUUGCAAAACUUCAAAAUUUAUUGUAAGAGCUGUUUCUUGUGUUUG